AUGAUAGACAAGAGGGAAGAGCAUGACAGGUUCAAGGUUGUGUACUCCAGAAGGAGACCUUUGAAGAAAAGUGUUGAGGAGGUGCUAUAUCAACUUAGAACAGAUGUGGUGGAAGACAAAGUGGAGAAUACUGGAGCUGAAAUGGAAGUGGAUGAGGAUUAUCAAGAGAAAGAGGUCGAUCCACAAGUGGGGAAUACUGGAAAGAAAUGUGAAGAAGAUCCUCAAGAGAAGAAUAUUGAGGAGAUGGCGGAGAAACAAAUAGAGAAGACUGGAGAGAAACUCGAUGAGGAGGUGGACAUUGAAGAGCAGGUGUUCGAGCCGACAGUCCCUAUGGUGACCCACUAUACAGACCCAAAUACAACAUUUGAGGAGAUUAUGCAGAUAGCUCAUGAGGCUGCUACUGCUGAUGUAGAGGAACCACCUACGAGGGAGGAAGUUCUAUAG